AUGCCUUCGUUCAAAACCGCAAUUGAUGAGCUGCAAUCUGAGCAAUCAGAAUUACUUGACAAAAUUGAUGAGCUACGCGCUAUCGGAGUCGGUGGUUUGGUAGAACUCCCUCAAAUCGUUGUUUGUGGCAGCCAGUCCAGCGGAAAAAGCUCAGUACUUGAAGCCAUAUCCAGAGUCCGCUUUCCAACAAAGAGCAAUCUCUGCACUCGUUUCGCAACCGAGUUUGUCCUUCGUCGAUCUCCUCAUAGCCGAAUCAAAGUAUCUAUCGACACUGGCAAGUCCAGGCUCGAUGGGGCGGAAAGGCAGAAGCUCCGGGCCUUCAGAUCGGAGCAAAAUGAGUUAGAUAUCACCUCUUUCUCCUCGAGUGAGAGGUUUCAAGGGUUGAUGGAUCGCGCGAGAGACUGUAUGGGACUCAACACGACGACCUCGGGGUUCAGUGACGAUGUGUUGAAGGUCGAGAUCUCGGGACCGCAACAGCCAGAGCUCACUCUGGUCGAUCUUCCUGGGUUGUAUCAUUCGACCAGCAGCGAACAAAGUGCCGAGGGAAAAAAAUUGGUUGAAUCCCUGACCGAAAGAUACAUCAAAAACCCCCGAAGCAUCGUAUUGGCAGUCAUCAGUGCCAAGAACGACUAUCACAACCAGAACAUUUUGAACAUAGCUAAGCGCUUCGACCCUUAUUAUGAAAGGGUGCUGGGCAUUGUGACGCAGCCAGAUACUGUGGAAGAUGGCUCCGAGCAAGAAGAGACCUAUCUCCAGAUUAUCAAAAACGAGAAGAUCAAACUGCAACUUGAUUGGCAUGUUUUACUCAACCGAUCAUUCAACAAGCAAAAGAUUUCCGACGACGAGCGAGAUACCCAAGAGAAAUCGUUCUUCGAGUCUGGACCAUGGGCCUCGCUCUCCAAAAGCCAGGUUGGCAUUGCGACUUUGAGAAACCGCCUAAGCAAAAUCUUGCUUCAUCAUAUUCGCCGCGAUCUGCCAGACCUUAUCGCAGAUAUCCAACAAAAAAUUUCAGACAAUGAAGAAAAAGUCGAGAAGAUGGGUGCACCGCGAGUGACAAUCCAGGACCAACGUCAAUAUCUCUUUGAAAUCAGCAGCAGGUUUGCACGUAUCACUAAUCAGGCUUUGAAUGGAUCGUACGUUGAUGAAUUCUUUGGUGGCCACAAAGAGGGAACGGAUGACUCCAAUUUCCAUCUCCGUCGACUGCGUGCGGCAAUGCGUGAAAUAGCUGAAUCAUUUGAAGAGGCAAUGAGUCUUCGUGGGGCUCGGCGCAUGAUUGAAUACAGAGGGGUUAAACUUCCAUUUCUGGACAAACGGUUGGAGAAUUCGAAGCUUUAUAUGGAAGACUGGACACCUGUCUAUGUUUCUCAGGAUGCUUUAGCGGAAGAGCUUCAAGGUCAAGCACGUCAGAGUCGAGGAAUUGAACUACCCGGCAGCGCAAAUUCUCUACUUGUGGGCAGUUUGUUUCGUGAUCAAUGUCAACCUUGGGAGAGAAUUGCUAAAUCGCACGUGUUGCAUGCAUGGGAGUUGGUGGACAACUUCGUCCAACUGGUCCUUCAACAUCUCACAAAUGACCACACCCGAUCGCUACUCACCAGAAAUGUCUUUGGACCUGAACUGGACAAGAUGAGAGACUCGCUGCUCAAAAAGAUCACUGAAUUGACUUUCUACUAUAAGACUGGUCACCCACUACCCACAUCAAAGUCUUUCCUCUCCAAAAUGCAGGAUUUGAAAACCAAACGACAAAUGUCCAUUCUGAACGGAGGCAUGACUUCGAAUGCGUUCCCGACCUCUAACUCAACUUCAGUUUCGUCUCAGCUUCGGCCUUCUGGUGAUCAAUUUGGACUAAUAGAUAUCAUUGACCAAAUGCAGGCGUACUACGACACUGCUAUUGUCACAUUCGUCGAUAAUAUCGCCAUAUUAGCGAUUGAAAAUUGCCUGCUCAGCACCUUGGAACAGAUAUUCACUGGCCGAACUGUGAUUAACAUGGAUGACCAGCAAGUCCAAGAAAUUGCAGCUGAGCCUUCGCAUAUUCAAGUUGAGCGCGAACGACUGAAUGAGGAGCUGGAACAGUUACGAAAAGCAAGGUGCACGUUGAAUACACUCGGUGCGGUCCCAAGAUUGACACGAAGCAUACCCCUAUCGGGUAAGAUACUUUCCACACGCCGCGCAUGA